AGUGAGGAAACAGUUGUUAUUAUAGAUAAAUAUGUAUAGACAGUUUGGGAGCUGCUGGUACAGAUCUCAUUAGGCUGCACUUCAUGGAAAUGGUCAGCUACCCUCCUGAAUCCCCGUACUCGGCGCAGAGCAUGCUGGGAGUUGUAGUUCCCUCUGCUGUUCCCAGCAUGCUCACAUUUUCCCGGGAUUCUGCAGGCUGAGUGAGUGAGACUUCAAAUAACUGACUUUGCAUCUGCGCUGUGUUCUGCACAACCUAAACAUGAGCUCGUCUGGAAAUGCUCUCGACGAUGAGGACACGUUCAAGAUCCUAGUGGCGACCGACAUCCACCUGGGCUAUAUGGAGAAGGAUGCGGUGCGUGGAAAUGAUAGCUUUGUGACUUUCAAUGAGAUCCUGAGUCUGGCCAAGGACCACGAAGUUGACUUUUUGCUGCUUGGUGGAGACCUUUUCCACGACAACAAGCCCUCCCGGAGAACCCUGCACACGUGUAUGGAGCUGCUGAGAAAGUACUGCAUGGGGGACCGGCCAGUCCAGUUUGAGGUUCUCAGUGACCAGUCUGUUAAUUUUAGUUACAGCAAAUUUCCAUGGGUGAAUUAUCAGGAUGAUAAUCUAAACGUUUCUAUACCGGUGUUCAGCGUUCAUGGAAACCACGAUGACCCAACUGGGGCAGAUGGUCUCUGUGCCCUGGACUUAUUAAGCUGCGCCGGACUUGUGAACCAUUUUGGACGUUCCACAUCGGUAGAGAAAAUUGGCAUCAGCCCGGUACUACUACAGAAAGGCAGAUCAAAGAUUGCUUUAUAUGGAUUAGGGUCCAUCCCAGAUGAAAGGCUGUAUCGGAUGUUUGUUAAUAAACAAGUUACGAUGUUGCGGCCACGGGAGGAUGAAUCCAGCUGGUUUAACGUAUUUGUAAUUCAUCAGAACAGGAGUAAACAUGGAGCCACAAAUUACAUCCCUGAGCAAUUUCUGGAUGAAUUCAUAGAUUUGGUGAUUUGGGGCCAUGAGCACGAGUGCAAGAUUUCUCCAACCCGGAAUGAGCAGCAGCUAUUUUAUGUGUCUCAGCCGGGGAGUUCUGUCGCUACAUCUCUGUCCCCUGGAGAGGCAGUAAAGAAACACGUUGGCUUAUUACGAAUUAAAAACAAGAAAAUGAACAUGCAGAAGAUCCCGCUGCAGACUGUGCGUCAGUUCUUCAUCGAAGACGUUGUUUUGUCCGAUUACCCGGAAAUAUUCAACCCCGACAACCCCAAAGUAACACAAGACAUAGAAAACUUUUGCAUUGAGAAGAUAGAGUCUAUGCUGGAUAUUGCUGAAAGGGAGCGUCUGGGAAACGCUCGCAUGCCAGAUAAACCCUUGAUAAGAUUACGGGUGGAUUACACGGGUGGUUUUGAACCCUUUAAUACGCUACGGUUUAGCCAGAAGUUUGUGGAGAAGACGGCCAAUCCCAAAGACAUAAUACACUUCUUCAGACACAAAGAGCAGAAGGAUAAGAAAGACAACCUGGCAAUUAAUUUCGGGAAAUUUGACAGCAAAACAAGCUCAGAGGUGGCGACGCUGAGAGUGGAGGAUCUGGUGAAGCAGUAUUUCCAGACGGCAGAAAAGAAUGUCCAGCUGUCGCUUCUUACCGAGCGAGGAAUGGGGGAGGCAGUACAGGAGUUUGUUGACAAAGAAGAGAAAGAUGCCAUAGAGGAACUGGUGAAGUUCCAGCUGGAGAAGACACAGCGAUUUUUGAAAGAACGGAACAUUGAUGCUGAAGAGGAGAAGAUUGACGAAGAGGUUCGAGUAUUUAGGCAGACACGAAGGGAGAACACUAACGAGGAGGAUGAAGAGGUUCGAGAGGCGAUAAGCCGUGCCAGAGCGCACAGAUCUCAGGUUGGGGAUAUCAGUAUGAGUGAUGAUGAUGAUGGAAUACGAAGGAAGACCUCCGGCCCAACCAUCGAUGAUUCAGACGAGGACAGCACUCUGGUAUCGGGGAGAGGGAGAGGAAGGGGCCGAGCCAGUAGAGGACGGGGACAGAGCACAUCCACCAGAGGAACUUCUAGACGAGGAAGAGGAGGUAAAAGCAGUGAUCCGCCCUCUACUGGUCGAGGAUCAAAAGCACCCUCCAAAAACAUGUCCAUAUUUGACGCAUUUAAACCGUCGUCGUCAAGACAACCUUCCUCUAGAACUGCGCCUGCCAAGAAUUACUCAGAGGAAAUUGAAGACAAUGACUCCGAUAUUGAAGAAGUUUCCUUCACUCAAGCACCUUCUAAUGUGACCCGCAGAGCUUCCAGUACGUCGUCCAGUUACAGCAAGAAGAGUUCUCAGAGCCAGUCGUCCAGGGGGGCUUUCUUUAUGGAAGAUGACGACGAUGAGGAUGACUUCGACCCUUUUAAGAGCACUGCACCGUCCAGAAGAAACCGCCGAUAGAUCUUAUUCGCUCUCAAGACUGUCACGGCGUUGUCACAGUUACCUUAUAGCAAGAACAUGGAGUAAGAGUGAUGCCCUACUCUCCGUGUAUUCUUCUUGUUAGGCGUUGUCUGUGCCUUUACUUCAGAAUGAACUAUUACCAGGAGAGCGUCUACUGUACCAGCGAACAGAAAUAAUAAAUGUCCGCUCGAUAGGUAUUGAUCUUUCACUUGCGACUCAGUCACGCAUGUCAACCCCUAGCCGUAGCAAUUUACAAUGAUUUUAUUAUUAUUAUUAUUUUUUCGUGAUAUUAAAUCAUACCGAUCCGUUCUGGAAUGCAUCAUAGAUUAGGAAAUAUAUCAUUCAAAGGUAAAUCGUCAUUAUUUGUGCUUAGGUUGCCGUUGCGAUCACAGAUGUGACAGACACUUAUUGUGCCUUAUAGUAACCUGAGUUGGGCAAUUUGCUCUCCAGUUAUGGUGGAACUACAGGAUUGGCCAAGGUGCAUUUACGCCUGUGGUGCCCGUGUCUAGCACCCCCUCAUGCAGUGGGCAAACACCACCUACUGUACUUUGUAAUGGUGGAACCAUCUGUGGUUUUUGGCGCAGCUGGUAGUAAAGACGUGUUUGCUACCACCUGCGCCUUCAUUCCAAAUGUAUCACAUGAAAAAUUGCGCAUCCAGCAAAAGGCCUUGGAAGGGGAGGGGGGGGAAGGGGGGUUGUUCAACCGGCUGCAUAUUGCUGUGGUGCAGAAGGUGUACCUAUUAUAACUCAGAUGCUCGUAAUACUGGUUUAAUCUGUUAUUUGUUUUUUUAUUAUUAUUAUUUUAUUGAGUCUCAAGAAUGCUACAAAUAUAUAAUAAUAAUAAUAAUAAUAAUAAUAAUAGUCUUUAAUAAAACAUAGAUGCUUUUAGAAUAAGCAAUAUUUGGUGUAAAUGCCACUUUACACCUUUUAUCACCAUUGUCACAUGUGGUCUGCAAAACAUUGUGCGACAGGUCCACCCCGUUACAUUACACGUGACAGCUGCAACAGGGUACUGAGGCAGUCAUCAUAAAUAAGUUAUAUCUCCUUUUCUUUUUACCAAGCAGCCAUUGUACAGGGAAUGUAAACACAUGGAAGCGGCCAUUUUGUGAGCUGAACAAAUAUUCAUGAGGUUUCAGCCUAGCAAGAGGAGCCUCUGGGAUAUUGGCUCACAAAAUGGCCGCCAGUAAUGUAUGUAUGUGACAGCCCUUUACACAGGCAUUAUUUAAUUCUCAACAUACACUGGUACAGAAUAUUCAUGUGAGAAUAUGCCAUCCAUUGAAUGCCGCAAAAUUGGAUGCUUUUUCUAGACAAACUAUGCAAGUUCAAUAGAAUUAUUUCCAAAAUAAUUGCUAAGCAAACAUACAGUGUAUUAUCUCCACAGCUCAGCCCUUUGAAAUGUUCAAUAAUUGUGUGUGACUCACUCUGGUUCAUUGAAUAGGUUAUAUAAAUGCAGUUAUGUGUUUUUCAUUGGUGUUCCAUUGUCUUGUAAUCAGUCUUUAUUUUGACCAACUGCUGCUCUGUACGCUGCAGGACUUUUUCUGAGAAUUAGAGGCUUUAUUUAAAUUAUAAGGUAUCGGAGGGGUGAUUUGCUUCCAUAUUGUUGUAGGUUUAAUGCAUUUUUCAUAAUAAAAGUUUGUUUCACACA